AAUGCGGCGAGAGGAGGUGAUUCGAGAGGUAGGGGUCAGAGAGGGAACAACACCUGGAAACGAGGUCGAUUCGGUGGUAACGACCAAGGCGGUGCACCUAGAGGAGGACCACCUUGGAAACGAGGCCGAUACAAUGCUCGUGGUGGUGGGCAUGUGUAUGAUGAUCGAGAUUAUGCAGCAAAUGCUAAUAUUUUUGAUCCGUUUGAAUUGUCAGAAGGAGAAGCAUCGCUUACGAGACCGGAAGCGUGGUUGCUCUCGAAGUCAGCCUCGGAACGUUACUCAUCACCACCACCCAGCCAUCGUUCGGUCGGCGAGCAACUGAACGAGGGUAAUCAACGUGGCGAAGAGAAGACGUCGAAUGAUGAGAAUCAACACCCUCGCAAGAUUAUCGAUGAAAUUGUGCAUAAACUUGUGAGUGAUGUUGGAAUAGGUAACCAAUUAGACUCAAUCGAGUGA